AUGUCUGUCUGGCUUCCCGAGGAAAUCAUCACCGGCGAAAUCCUCUGCUGGCUGCCGGCCCGGCCACUCCUCCGCUUCCGGUCCGUCUGCAAGCACUGGCGCUCCGUAAUCGACAGCCCGGACUUCAUCCAGCGCACCAUCCGCAACUCCGCCGCCACAACUUGGUCCCCCGCCAGAGACAUCUUCCUCCUCGCUCGACAAGUCAGCUACUCAAUCCCAUACUCCGCCGGCCUCCUCCGCCGUCACACCUCCCCGCAGAGCCUCCCCCAGUGGCGUUCCGACGGCGGCAUCACCCUCCUCGGCUCCUGCCACGGGCUGGUCUGCCUCGGCUACACGGGCACCAACCGGGUCUACCUGCUCAACCCGGCGACCCGAAAGCACCACUCCACCCUGCAGGCUCCCCUGCCCCAAGGGUUCAUGGCCCGAUUCCACGAACCCGGCGGCCAGGCGACGGCGUGGUGGCAGCCAUUCGCGUACGGAUUCGGGUACGAUCCGGGGAUUAAGGAUUACAAGCUCGCCAGGGUGUACAUCACGGGGGACGAGUCCCACGCGAGGUGUAAAUCGGUGGUGUUCUGCUUCGGCAUUUCGUCGAACACCUUGCGGGCAGCAGAGAUACCCUUUUGCGGGAUGAUUGAGCAGAGGUCGGGGGUUUCGGUAGGCGAUUCCUUGCAUUGGCCGUUCCGCAUGAGGUACGGUGAGAAUUCGAUCAUUGUGGCGUACCAUCUCGGGGCGAAUCAGUGGCGGGGAAUUCCCCUGCCUCGCGAGGGUUUUGGUCACGAGGUCGCCUUCAACGUCGUGGGAUUGAGGAAUCGCUUGUGCGUGUGCAAUCGCGCGGCGGGUCGUGAUGAGCUGGGGAAGAAGGUUGUUCAUGUCUGGAUGAUGAGGAGAGAUCAGUACGGUGUGGAGGCGGCGUGGAGCAAGCUGUUCUCGAUUCGGGAAUCGGGGUAUCUGGAUUUGUCGUCGUUGCCGGUGGCUCUGGAUCUGUCCGUCAAUGGCGACGAAGUCCUGCUGUAUUUGGAUGGGGGAAUGCUCGUUUGGUAUGAUACAAAGAAGGAGAGGCCUGGUCAGGUGGUGUAUUUGGAUGGCGGAAGGCUUGUUUCGGUUGACAUGGAGACGAACUAUGUACCUAUUAAGCAUUUAGUGGGGAGGAUGGGCUUCGACGCCAUUGCUUGCUUCGGUGGUGUUGUUCGUCCGGAUGGAAACUAA